UAAACGUCUGUCUCCGGGCAGAUGUUUGACAGGUGUUUAUCCAUUGGCUGGAAGAAAAGUGCGGGAACUGGAUUCCCAAAUAUAAAGAAAUGUCUCUUGGAUUUAGCUGUCAGUCAGUGUGAUGAGGAGAAUAAGCCCAACUGUGCAUCUGGACCCAGUCUGUGAGGGAACCGGCCGAGCUGUGUGGGAAGCUGAGCUGUAUUUGCCUGUGGCCCCUCAGGAUGGGAGCGCAGCACUGCAGAGCUGUCAUCUGGGGGAAUGGAGGAAGAGGCGGGCCCGUCAACCCAAGUCAUGUGCUGCAUCCUUCCUCCCAGGAGGAGGUGGGAGCAGUUAACCCUUCAGGGUCCCAACAGAAGGAGGAGGAGAGGCCAUGAGGAGCAUCUGGACCAGCUGGCGAUGGGUCGGAAGAACUGCGAGGAGUCAUGGAACGGGGCGGAAAAGUCAGAGGUUCUGUUCACCCUGACGGAAGGUCCGAAGCCAGAGGACAAGAUGCAGGAAAGGGGGCAAUGGGGCAACAAGGUGGAGUUCGUCCUGUCGGUCGCCGGAGAAAUCAUCGGACUCGGCAACGUCUGGAGGUUCCCUUAUCUGUGUUAUAAGAAUGGAGGCGGAGCCUUCUUCAUCCCGUACCUCAUCUUCCUCUUCACCUGCGGGAUCCCGGUGUUUUUCCUGGAGACGGCGCUGGGCCAGUACACCAGCCAGGGAGGGGUGACGGCGUGGAGGAAGAUCUGCCCCCUCUUUGAAGGUAUCGGCUAUGCCUCACAAGUGAUUGAAAGCUACCUGAACAUCUACUACAUUGUCAUCCUGGCUUGGGCUCUGUUUUACCUCUUUAACUCAUUCACAGCCGAUCUCCCAUGGGCAAACUGCAACCACACCUGGAACACAGUGAAUUGUGUUGAUGACCUCAAAUAUUCAGAGAAUUACACAGCGUCCCCCAAUGCUACAUCCCCAGUUGUGGAAUUCUGGGAAAAUAGAGCCCUGGGUCUGUCUGAUGGGAUUGAGCACUUAGGGCCCGUCCGGUGGGAGUUGGCUCUGUGUCUCCUGCUCGCCUGGAUCAUCUGUUACUUCUGCAUCUGGAAAGGGGUCAAGUCUACCGGAAAGGUUGUAUAUUUCACAGCCACAUUUCCCUAUGUGAUGCUCAUCAUCCUGCUGGUCCGAGGGGUCACGCUCCCUGGAGCAUAUGAGGGAAUCAUGUUCUACCUGAAACCGGACAUCACACGGCUCGAGGACCCUCAGGUCUGGAUGGACGCUGGGACCCAGAUUUUCUUCUCAUACGCUAUCUGUCAGGGUUGUCUGACAGCUCUGGGCAGCUACAAUAGAUACAACAACAACUGUUACAGGGACUGCAUCGCCCUUUGUUUCCUGAACAGUAUAACCAGCUUCGUGGCUGGAUUUGCCAUCUUUUCAGUUUUGGGGUUCAUGGCACGGGAGCAAGGAGUCCCGAUUUCACAGGUGGCUGAAUCUGGUCCCGGUCUAGCAUUUAUUGCCUAUCCAAAAGCAGUGACCAUGAUGCCGGUGUCCCCACUUUGGUCUUGCCUCUUCUUCCUCAUGCUCAUCUUCUUGGGACUCGACAGCCAGUUUGUCUGCGUGGAGAGUCUGGUCACAGCCAUCGUUGACAUGUUCCCUGAGGUGUUUCGGAAGAAGUACAGACGAGAAUUCCUCAUAUUGGCCAUCGCUAUUAUCUGCUAUCUGUUAGGCCUCAUCCUCCUAACUGAGGGUGGGAUGUACGUCUUCCAGCUAUUCGACUACUAUGCAGCCAGCGGGACCUGCUUGCUCUGCGUUGCCAUCUUUGAAGUAGUCUGUGUUGCCUGGGUUUAUGGUGCUGACCGCUUCUAUGAUAACAUAGAAGACAUGAUUGGCUACCGGCCAUGGCCAGUGAUAAAGUUCUGUUGGUUAGUAGCCACCCCCGCAGUGUGCAUGGGGACGUUCCUCUUCUCCCUCAUCAAGUACACGCCCCUGAAGUACAAUAACCGCUAUACUUACCCACCAUGGGGCUACGCCCUUGGCUGGCUUAUGGCCCUCUCCUCCAUGAUCUGCAUACCAGUGUACGCUGCCUACAUCAUGCUGAGGACAAAAGGGCCAUUUACCCAGAGGCUGAAGCAGCUUGUCACCCCACACUCCGACCUUCCGCAGCCCAAGAAAUACCUCUCAGAAUUCAGCGAACCCCGGAAAAGUGGAGCAUUGGUGGUGAAGGCCAAGGAUGGUCUCAUCUCGUCAGAUAAGGAGACGCGCUUCUGGAUGGGUAAGACGGACAGCGACUCUGUGGAGCUGAACUCCCCGUGCGAGGCACGCCAAGCUGCCCCCAUAGAGACCCACUCCUCCUCUGCCAACGCCAAGAAGAAGGACGGCGAUGAUGACCGGGGCACCUGGAAGGGAAGGUUUGACUUCUUACUGUCCUGCGUGGGCUACGCCAUCGGGCUGGGCAACGUCUGGAGGUUCCCGUACCUGUGCGGAAAAAACGGUGGAGGUGCUUUCCUCAUCCCGUAUUUCCUCACCUUGGUCUUCGCGGGGAUCCCGCUCUUCUUCCUGGAGACGGCUCUGGGUCAGUUCACAUCCAUCGGUGGCCUGGGGGUGUGGAAGCUGGCACCCAUGUUUAAAGGUGUCGGCAUGGCCGCCGUGGUGCUGUCCUUCUGGCUGAAUGUUUACUACAUCGUGAUCAUCGCCUGGGCCCUCUAUUAUCUCUUCAAUUCCUUCUCCUCGACCCUGCCCUGGCAGAGCUGCGACAACAGCUGGAACACAGAGCGAUGUUUCUCCAACUACUCCCUGAACGACACCACCAACCUCACCAGCGCUGUCACCGAAUUCUGGGAGAGGAACAUGCAUCAGGUUACGGGCGGACUUGGAGAACCUGGGGAGAUUCGUUGGCCCCUCGCCUGCACCCUGGCGCUCUCCUGGGUCAUGGUUUACUUCUCCAUCUGGAAAGGAGUGGAGUGGACGGGGAAGGUGGUUUACUUCUCGGCUACCUACCCCUACUUCAUGCUGGUGAUCCUGUUUUUUCGAGGGAUCACCCUCCCCGGGGCCAUCGAUGGGAUCCGCUUCUACAUCACCCCAGACUUCACCAAACUCUCAAAGUCCGAGGUUUGGAUGGACGCCGCCACGCAGAUCUUCUUCUCCUACGGACUGGGGCUUGGAUCCCUCAUCGCUCUGGGGAGCUACAAUUCUUUCCAUAACAAUGUGUACAGAGACUCCAUCAUCGUGUGCGGCAUUAAUUCCUUCACCAGUAUGUUCGCCGGACUGGUCAUCUUUUCCAUCGUCGGCUUCAUGUCGCACAUUACCAAGAAGCCCAUCCAGGAGCUGGCGGCCUCAGGGCCCGGACUGGCCUUCCUGGCGUACCCACAGGCGGUAACCCAGCUGCCAAUGUCUCCCGUCUGGUCCAUCCUCUUCUUCUCCAUGCUGGUCAUGUUGGGUUUGGACAGUCAGUUUUGCACAGUGGAAGGGUUCAUCACCGCCCUGGUGGACGAAUACCCGCAAUUUCUGAGAAGCAGGAAGAAAAUCUUCAUCGCCGCCGUCUGUUUCGUCUCCUUCAUCGUCGGCUUUUCCAACAUUACCCAGGGAGGACUUUACGUCUUUAAGCUUUUCGACUAUUAUUCAGCCAGCGGCAUGUGCCUCCUCUUCCUGGUCUUCUUCGAGACAGUCUCCAUCUCGUGGUGUUAUGGUGUGGACCGCUUCUACCAGGACAUUGAGGAGAUGAUCGGGUACCAGCCCUGCUCCUGGUGGAAGCUCUGCUGGGCAUACUUCACCCCCUUUGUCUGUUUGGGCGUCUUUAUAUUCAGCGUGGUAGAGAUGACGCCCCUUACCCUAGGCCCAUACGUGUACCCGGCGUGGGGUCAGGGCAUCGGCUGGCUCAUGGCGCUCUCGUCUAUGGUGCUGAUCCCCGGUUAUAUGUUAUACCUGUUCCUGGUCUCAUCAGGCACCAUCAGUCAGCGCUUCCAAGAAAUGACGCAGCCGCAAAUGCAGCGAGUCAUGCAGAAAAACGGACUCCGUCCCCGGAUCAGCCUGGAUAGGGGCGUACAAGAGACACCAGGAGUGUAGCCUCCUCCAGAUCACAUGACUCCUUCCCCAUCUUCAUCCCUUUAAUUCCAGCCUCUGACAUCACAUCCUGUUCACUUACCAGUCUGGGUUGAAGAGCUUACACUUUGCGGAUCGCCCAAGAAUCCCCCUCCCUCCCCUGAUGAGCCGACCUUGUGCCUUACGGUGUUACCUUCUAUUCUUGAGAUA